GUUGUAAAAAAUAAAAAUAUAUUAUGUUAUAGUUGAUAGUUAAAUUAUAAGGAAACGAAAUGGAAACUCCAAUUUUAUCGAAAAAGCAAAUAAAAAAUUCACUUUCGGCGAAGAAAAAUCGACCCAAAGAAACUAUAAAAAAUGUGAUGAAAUUACCCUAUAGCAAUAAUUUUUGGCCAGAAAUUUCAAUUGAAGACCAAGAAGAACUUGAAAAUAUCCUCACACAAAAUCUACCACGCUAUUACGUUAAAAAAACGAAUAUUCCUUGGCGCGAGUUGAAAAACAUUUCAAAACCAGAAAGAAAAGAAUUUAGAACGAAAUAUAAUGAAGACCAUAAUAUCCCACACGAAAAAAUCUUAAAACCUGUAGACGUUCUUAUCGGGAUAAAUAAGGUAUCGAAGGCUCUAGAAUCGAAUUCGGCUCAAGCUAUUUUAAUUUCGGCCAAAGUUCAACCCAGGUUAUUAGUACAACAUAUAAUAGAUCUCGCAGUCUUGUAUAAUGUUCCAAUACUUUGUUUAAAUAAUUUGCGCGAAAGGAUGAAAUCUGUAACCGGUAUACAAACAGUGUGUUUCGGUAUCAGCAAAAAUAAUUGCAAUGAUUCAAAAUACAAGUUAAUUGUUGAAAAAAUUGAAUCUAUUUUUAAAAAAAUACCACCACCCAAGUCUCAUAUAAAUUACCGCAGAUCUAUAGAUUCAUUCAAGAUCCAAAAAGAAUCUAAAGAAAUAGAGGAGGAGAAGAGGGAAAAAAUUGAAAUCAAUGAAGCAGAAAUUCGUAAAUCCGUUUAUUUAAAACGACCAGAUGAUAAUUCUAGAGCAUUUGUACCUGUUAUGGAAGAAAAGAAGAAAAUACUCGCAAUGGAUGUCGAUCAAACAGGAUUUUUAGCUUUUACUGAAGAAUUAGUGGAGAAAAUGAACGGAGAUUCCAAAAUUAAUAUUAGCAAGAAGAAAACUAAAUCUAGAGCGCAAUAUAAGGCUUUGAUUGUGAAGAGGUUGAAAGGGGACAGUAAUAGGAACCAGAGGAAAAUAAGGAGAAUGAAGAAGUGAAAAAAAUCAUUAUCAUCCUGCGAAAUGUUUAUUUAUACAUAAACUAUAUGCCAAAUGUAAAUUUACAUCAGAAAAUAAAAUAUAAAUUAUUAAAAAA